AUGGGUAAUACUUCAGCUCAGAGUCAAGCUGCGACCACUUCAUCAACAGUGGUAAUUAUUCUCGCCAUCAUUUCCGUCAUCCUGCGCUUCGUCACUCGUAGGAUUAACAAAAUUGGCCUUGGGCCAGAUGACUGGUGGAUUCUCAUUGGUCUAUCCUCCACCAUCUUAAUCGGUGGCCUUCUUCUAUAUGGAGUGAUAUCCGACCCCAGCGGUGGGCAGUUUGUCGAUCGCGACUCGCCCACAUUCGAUUACGCUCAACACGUCACUUACCUCAAAGUGACUUUUACCACGGCCGUCUUGUACUUUACAGUCGUGACAUCUAUCAAGAUCUCCAUUCUACUCAUGUACCGUCGAGUUUUCAGCAUCGAAAAAUUCCGUCGUCAAUCGUUCGUGGUUGGUGGCGUUGUUGUGCUCUGGUGGUUCGUUGGUACACUCCUCACAAUUCUUGGCUGUCUUCCCAUCCACCGGUUCUGGGUUGGCCCUUCAGCUGGGGGCUACUGUUUCGAUCUCAACAUAUUCUGGACGGGAAUGGGUGUGGCAGAGCUCGUUAUUGAUACGGUGAUUCUAGUCCUCCCGAUAGGCAUUGUGGUGAAGCUGUGGAUGCCUCUGCAGCAGAAAAUAUUGGUCAUAGGCAUCUUCUUGCUGGGAGGCUUCGUUAUUAUCACAGGCCUUAUUCGCGUGGUACUUGGUUACAAGCCUGGCAGCCGAAACGCCGCAUUUCCAAAGGCUGAGCUGUGGUCUGCAAUUCAUAUUGGUAUUGCCAUCGUCUGCGCCUGUCUUCCAACACUUCGUCCGCUCCUCAGUCGAGCCACUGCGUCUGCGUCCUCCCUAAGUCACCGCAUGUACGGCACUCGUUCUGGUACAAGUAUAACGCGCGACUAUACCGGCACUUCGAAUGCUGGGCCCAAGAACACAGGCCCAGGAAGAAAGCCAGAAGAAUUAGCUCUGAAAAACAUGAGCAAUGUUAGCAGUCCCAUUGAUCCACAUGCGGAUACUAUACGAUUGACAGGUGAGGGCGGAAAGCUUAGUGCAUAUAAUCAGUCUGAAUCAAUAUUUGGACUUUCAAAUUCCAGAGAAAAUGUAUAA